AUGACCAGGAAGGUGCUUCUGGCCUUGCUCCUGGCCCAUGAGGCAGAGGCGGAGGUGUGGCGGUGCCAGGCAGAGGUCACUUCCGGGGCCUUCCUUGUGCCGGUCCAGCAUCGAGUGCCUGCCUGGGUGCUGGGAGAAUCACGGAACUUGGUAGGAAGCCUGGCCGCUUGCCGCCGCGUGCGGCAUACGGGGGACGAGGUUUGCCAGGAGUGCCUGUGGUUCGACACUGGGAAGCCCAAAGCCCGGGGGCACUUGGACGAACAAAUCCCAGCGGCUUCAUGUUUGUCUGGGGAUUUUGCGGAUGCCGACGCAGCUGCAUGGCUGCGUCGAGACAAGCUGGUGCAUCACCAGAGGUACUUGGGCAUCUGCUUGCACCCCGACGAGGAGGAGACCGCGGCGCGGCCCUCGAGCUUCGGACAAGGGGCCGGCGGACGUCCGCCUUCCCGGCGCCCCGAGGCCUAUGGCAUCUGGGUGCUGCUCGCUGGAGCCGGCCCACAGCUCGUUGCACCGGAGCCCCGCCCCCCCAAACGCCCAGGUUGUUGCGCGCUGGCCCCGCGCUGCAAAGGCGCAGCGCUGGAAAAACCGAACAAGAAAAUCAACGCCGUGGUUUGCGAGCAGAGCUCGCAGGAGGGCGUGCGGAUAGUGACACGGAGGCUGGGCACCUUCGCGCGAAUCUGGAGAGGCCCCGAAGACAAGCUGGGAUGCGGCUUCGACAAAGAAGCCAGUCGAACUGUCACAAAAGUGGUACCAGACUCGCUGGCGGAGAAGCACCAAGUUGCCUUGGGUUUCAUCCUGGUCUCAGUCAACGGGCAGGCAACCGAAGGUUUAGCGGGCGCCGAUAUCAAGGAGCAGCUGAAAAAUCAGCGGCCGCUCGAGCUGCGAUUUCUGCCUCAGGGCGGGAGCGCUUCCGCAGCCGAGCCGAGCCCGGAGCUCUCCCUGACGGCCACGGAGGAGGUCAGCAACCUGGGCUUCGGGCUGCGCCCGGCGGAGAACAAACUCUUUGUCAAGAAGGUGGAUCCCGACGGCUGGGCGGCGCAGCAUGGGGUCAAGGAGGAUGACGAGCUGUUCCAGGUAGCGGGGCAAGAUGCUGGAAGCCUGUCCAAGGAGGACUUGAAGAGCGCCAUGAGAUCGCGUCCGGUAGAGUUGAGAUUCUUGCCUGCGGAGCCUGAAAGCAACAAGGAACCGACUGCGUCCAAGGGGGCGAAGGAGCCUGAAAGCCAAAAGGCACCGACUGCCGAGCCGUCCAAGGGUGUGAAGGAGCCUGAAAGCCAAAAGGCACCGACUGCCGAGCCGUCCAAGGGUGCGAAGGAGCCUGAAAGCCAAAAGGCACCGACUGCCGAGCCGUCCAAGGGUGCGAAGGAGCCUGAAAGCCAAAAGGCACCGACUGCCGAGCCGUCCAAGGGUGUGAAGGAGCCUGAAAGCCAAAAGGCACCGACUGCCGAGCCGUCCAAGGGUGUGAAGGAGCCUGAAAGCCAAAAGGCACCGACAGCCGAGCCGUCCAAGGGUGUGAAGGAGCCUGAAAGCCAAAAGGCACCGACUGCCGAGCCGUCCAAGGGUGUGAAGGAGCCUGAAAGCCAAAAGGCACCGACUGCCGAGCCGUCCAAGGGUGUGAAGGAGCCUGAAAGCCAAAAGGCACCGACUGCCGAGCCGUCCAAGGGUGUGAAGGAGCCUGAAAGCCAAAAGGCACCGACUGCCGAGCCGUCCAAGGGUGUGAAGGAGCCUGAAAGCCAAAAGGCACCGACUGCCGAGCCGUCCAAGGGUGUGAAGGAGCCUGAAAGCCAAAAGGCGCCGACUGCCGAGCCGUCCAAGGGUGCGAAGGCGGCAACGGGUGAAGUGACUUCCGGAAGCAAGGUGCAGGAGUCUGGAAGCCAAAAGUCACCAGCUCCCAAGGCGGACAAGGAGUUGGCGGUGCUCAAGGAGCAGCUGGCUAAGAGCAGUGGGGAGCUGCAGAAGGCGCAGACGGAGCUUUCCCAGGAGCUGCAGAAGAGCUUGGCCAGCCAGCAGCAGCUGCAGCAGUUGAAGGAUCAGUUGGCGUCCAGGGAUCAAGACCUCCAGAAGGCCAAGGAGGAACUCUCAGCUGCCCAGAAGAAGGCCGAAGCGCAGGUUGAGAAGGACAGAAUAGAUGGCCAGGCAAACGACAAGCUGAGGUCGGAGAGCAGCAAGAGAGAAGAGGAGACAGAAGUAAAGGAGCGAGAGCACAAGGCCGCCGACCGGGACUUUGGGAAGCGGAUUUGGGAAUCAGCAGAGGUCCGAGAGCUCAAACGCCAGGUUGAACUGGAGGUGCAGUCAUUGCGCAGCGAGUUGGAAGGGCUGAAGGCGCAGGUCGAUUCCAUGAGAUCGAAUGGCUCCAAUGAUUCUGAUCCGAGCUUCAAAAAGUGGGAGGCCUGGUCGCCUGCGCCGAUGGAGCUCUUCAAAGCAGCGCAGCCACUGCUGCGGCAGGGCAGCUCCGAGAAGCAGCGCAGCCAAGGCAUGCAGGCAGUGGAGGCCGCGCUGCAGAGCGGGGAGUCGCCCAAUACUUGGAAAGGCCCGGGGUCUCCCUUGCAAGCCGCCGUGCAAGCGCGAUCCAUUGACCUAGCGACAACUCUCCUGAGAGCUCAUGCAGAUCCAGGUGAAAUCGAUGUGCAUGGUGUCAGCUUGCUCCAUUUGGCAACCUUUCAUGGCGAGGCCGCGUUGAGCAAGCUACUCCUGGAGGCAAAUGCAAAUCCCAACGUUACUGAUCGCUAUGCUCAGACGCCAAUAUUCUUCGCCCCAACCCGGCUGAUGUGCAUGACACUCCACAAGCAUCAAGCAGAUGUCAACAUGAUGAAUCGGAAAGGGCAGUCGGCCCUGCACUUGGCGGCUCGGGCCGGCCUGGGGGACGUGCUGCACUGGCUGGCUGCCAAGGCCGAGCCGGCGGUGCUGGGAGUGCGGGACGCCAGCGGGCAGCGGGCCUUGGACUACGGCAAGGCGGCGGGCCUUCGCCCGCAGAUGCUGGCCAAACUGGAGGGAGGUGCGAAGAGCCCGCGACUGGCCAGUCCCGAUCCAGGCCGGAAAGACUGGAAAGACCGAAGUGCGUGA